AUGGUACGCCACUUGCCCUCUCUGUUUCAAAGGAAGUUUAAAACCAUUCUUUGCUUUUUCCUCCUUUUGGCUGUCCUGAUACACAUGGUGUUGGACUUAACACUGUCUGGUCAUGCUUCCUGUGGAUGUAGCCCAAAAGUAAAGGAUCCCCUGGGACUGGCAUCACCCAGUCCUGUAUCAUCAGUCCAGAAUAAGCUGAGCCUCAGGAUUCUUCCAAACAUCAGUGGCAACAACUUCUUCCUGAAAAAAGGAUUUCACUUGCCAGAAGGUCUACCUCAAGCUGAUGGUAGGAGCAAUACAUCUCUCCAAAGUCACAGCAGCGAGCAGCAAGCAGUAGAAGAAAAGCCAACAUGGACCGGCAGAUCCAAACUGACUGCCCUUUUUGAUCAUCCUCUGUAUAAGAUUCCAAUUCCAAAGAUUACAAAAAAAGAUAAACUGUUUGGUAACAAACCAAAGAUGAAGCUCUUCAUCAGAAAAAGUGAGAGUGAUGAAUGGACCAGCAACAAUAAGGAAAAGCAUGAUACCAACCCUACUUGGCUCCAGUUUUACACUGGCAUCAAUCGCCAUGAACUCUACGCCCGCCAUGACCCCUCUCGCCAUGCCUUGAUGGAGGAUUUGGCCAUGCAGGAGAUUGUCAGCUCAGUCCAGAAGACUGGAGGGACCCAGCUGAAGCUGAUCAUGACCUUUCCCAAUCAUGGACAAGCUCUCUUCAAACCCAUGAAGCAGACCAGAGACCAGGAGACUCCAGCAGACUUCUUUUACUUCUCAGAUUUCGAACGACACAAUGCAGAAAUAGCAGCCUUUCACCUGGACAGGAUCCUGGAUUUCCGAAGGAUUCCCCCAGUUUCUGGCCGUUUGGUAAAUAUAACCAAGGAAAUUCGUGACAUCACAACUGACAAGAAGCUGUUUAAGACUUUCUUCAUCUCCCCAGCUGGCAAUGUCUGCUUCUAUGGCGAAUGCUCCUACUAUUGCUCCACUGAACACGCGUUGUGUGGCAAACCUGACCAGCUCGAGGGCUCCAUGGCAGCCUUCCUGCCUGACAAAGCACUGGCUGAACGGCGCUCAUGGAGGAGUCCCUGGAGGCGUUCUUAUUCCAAAACCAAGAAAGCUGAAUGGGAACUGAAUGAAGAUUACUGUGCUGAGGUACAAGACACACCACCAUACAACAGCAUCUCCCGCCUUCUCAACCUCAUUGACAUGACGGUGCUUGACUUCCUCAUGGGAAACAUGGAUCGUCACCACUAUGAGACGUUUGAAAAGUUUGGCAAUAAGACUUUUUUCCUUCAUCUAGACAAUGGCCGAGGGUUCGGGAGACACUCCCAUGAUGAAAUGUCCAUUCUGGUUCCUCUCCGGCAGUGCUGCAUUAUUAAAAAGUCAACAUUCUUGCGGCUGCAGCUACUUGCUAUGGAGCCUUAUCGCUUGAGCGAUGUUAUGAGAGAAUCAUUAGCUGCUGAUCACCUAUCGCCAGUCUUAUCGGAACCUCACUUGAAGGCACUGGAUCGACGGCUCCAGAAGGUAUUAGCUAUGGUGAACCACUGCAUAAAGAAGGGAGAACGAGAAGAUGUGCUGCUAAAUGACCUAAAAGGACAGCAGUAUAUGUCCCCAGAGGAGCAGCGGGAGAACGAAAGUGAUGCAUCAUGA